ACCAGCUGGCUCCCACUGGGCCGCCACCACAAACAACUUUGAGGACAGCAUAGGCCAGCCCAAGGGGUACCUGACCAAAGCCUCACAGCUCACCUGCCCAAUGCCCAUCUGGGGGCUCCCGUUUCUGUUCUGGGCAGUGGCCGCAGCCACCCAGGACUGCCCCCCACAGUGCACCUGCCAGGCCUUGGAAACCAUGGGACUGAGGGUGGACUGUGAGGGACGGGGACUCACAACCCUACCUGCGCUGCCUCCCCACACACGCCACCUCCUGCUGGCCAACAACAGCCUCAGCUCGGUGCCCCCAGGCGCCUUCGACCAUCUGCCUCAGCUGUGGAACCUCAACGUGACGCAGAACCCCUGGCACUGCGACUGUAGACUCACCUACCUGCGCCUCUGGCUGGAGGACCACAUGCCCCAGGCCCUGAUGCAUAUGUACUGCGCCAGCCCUGCCCUAGCCACUGGACGCCCGCUGGGCCAGCUGACGGGCUACCAGCUAGGCAACUGUGGCUGGCAGCUGCCACCGUUCUGGGUCUAUCCAAGGGUCUGGUGGGAUGUAGCACUGGCAGCCGUGGCUGUGCUGAGCCUGGUUUUGCUGAUUGGCCUGCUGAGAACUAGCACCAAGUCCCUAGACUGA